GGCGUGGCCUCCGGAGCCGGGUUCCGCGCGCCAGAGCCCGCUAGCUGCAUUGCGAGCCGGGCGAGCAGCGGGCGCCAUGGUGCUGCUGCACGUGCUGUUCGAGCACGCGGUCGGCUACGCGCUGCUGGCGCUGAAGGAGGUGGAGGAGAUAAGUCUGCUGUUGCCGCAGGUGGAGGAGUGUGUGCUCAGCCUGGGCAAGUUUCACAACAUCGUUCGUCUCGUGGCCUUUAGUCCUUUUGCCUCUUCCCAAGUUGCCUUAGAAAAUGCCAACGCGGUUUCUGAAGGUGUUGUUCAUGAGGACCUCCGCCUGCUCCUGGAGACCCACUUGCCGUCCAAAAAGAAGAAAGUGCUCUUGGGGGUUGGUGACCCCAAGAUUGGUGCUGCUAUACAAGAAGAGUUAGGGUACAAUUGCCAGACUGGAGGCGUGAUAGCUGAGAUCCUGCGAGGAGUCCGUCUGCACUUCCAUAAUCUGGUGAAGGGUCUGACUGAUCUGUCAGCUUGUAAAGCCCAGCUGGGACUGGGACACAGCUAUUCUCGUGCCAAAGUGAAGUUUAAUGUGAACCGAGUGGACAAUAUGAUCAUCCAGUCCAUUAGCCUCCUGGACCAGCUGGAUAAAGACAUCAACACCUUCUCCAUGCGUGUCAGGGAAUGGUAUGGGUAUCAUUUUCCGGAGCUGGUAAAGAUCAUCAAUGACAAUGCCACAUACUGCCGCGUUGCCCAGUUCAUUGGAAACCGAAAGGAGCUGAAUGAAGAGAAGUUGGAGAAGCUGGAAGAGCUGACAAUGGAUGGGGCCAAAGCCAAGGCUAUUCUGGAUGCCUCACGGUCCUCCAUGGGCAUGGACAUUUCUGCCAUCGACCUGAUAAACAUCGAGAGCUUCUCCAGUCGUGUUGUGUCUUUGUCAGAGUAUCGCCAGAGCCUACAUACUUACCUUCGCUCCAAGAUGAGCCAAGUUGCCCCCAGCCUGUCAGCCCUCAUCGGGGAAGCGGUGGGUGCACGUCUCAUUGCCCAUGCUGGCAGCCUCACCAACUUGGCCAAGUAUCCAGCAUCCACAGUACAGAUCCUUGGGGCUGAGAAGGCCCUGUUCAGGGCCCUGAAGACAAGGGGUAACACUCCAAAGUACGGACUCAUUUUCCACUCCACCUUCAUUGGCCGAGCCGCUGCCAAGAACAAGGGCCGCAUCUCCCGAUACUUGGCAAACAAAUGCAGCAUUGCCUCCCGGAUCGACUGCUUCUCUGAGGUGCCCACAAGUGUCUUUGGAGAGAAGCUUCGAGAACAAGUCGAGGAGCGGCUCUCCUUCUAUGAGACUGGAGAGAUUCCACGAAAGAAUCUGGAUGUCAUGAAGGAAGCAAUGGUCCAGGCAGAGGAAGCUGCCGCGGAGAUUACGAGGAAGCUGGAGAAACAGGAGAAGAAACGCUUAAAGAAGGAGAAGAAACGGCUGGCUGCACUUGCCAUGGCGUCUUCGGAAAACAGCAGUACUCCAGAGGAGUGUGAGGAGACGGGUGAAAAACCCAAAAAGAAGAAAAAGCAGAAGCCCCAGGAGGUUCCUCAGGAGAAUGGAAUGGAAGACCCAGUUCUCUCUCCCCCAAAACCCAAGAAAAAGAAAUCUUUUCCUAAGGAGGAAGUGGUUAGUAGUGACCUUGAAGAAACGGCUGGCAGUGUAAGUCUCCCCAAGAAGAAGAAAUCUUCACCCAAAGAGGAAAUGAUCAGUGAUCCUGAAGAGGCAGCCAACAGGAGUGUCCCCAAGAAAAAAAGGAAAUUCUCUUCUAAGGAGGAGCCAGUCAGCAGCGGACCUGAAGAGGCUGCUGGCAGCAAGAGCAGCACUAAGAAAAAGAAAAAACUCUCAAAACGUGCCCAAGAUUAGAAUGGACAUUCAUUCUUUGGGGGGAGGGGCAUGCCCAAAGUGGUAUUUCCAGCUUAUGUCCUUAAACCCCAAUAAAAACAAAUCCACAGAAGCUUA